AUGAGCGACAAGAUCCAGACCAACGACGAUAUCGACGCGGCCAAGACUCUAGUCUCGAUUUCGAAGCCGACCAACAAGGAGGGUGGUGCUGUGCACUCCAAGAGGAUGCCGGAAAAGAUCGCCUCUCCAACCUACAAGAAGGUCCCGGAUCCAAGCGAUGAUAGAAGUCAGAAGGAGCUGGAUGCUGCAAGUGCUCUGGUGCAAUCCCAAAGCAAAGCGAUGGUUCCAGAGGGCGGCUUGGCAGCAUUCGAGGCUUCACUGAAGGCUGGUCAAGAGGCCGACAGGACCACAGAAGAGAAAAAGGUGCUUCGAGAGGGCAAAUGA